AUGCCAUCGCAGAGGAUACUCAUCGUUGGAGCGGGCGUGGCGGGCUCCGUAUCAGCGUUCUGGUUGGCCAAGCAUAACUUUGAGGUAGUCGUCAUUGAACGAUCAAAGGUUGGGCAGAAAUUAGGACAAGGGAUCGAGAUUGAGGAGCCUGCACUUCAGGUCGUGAAAGCCAUGGGCAUCUUGGACAAGCUAAAUGAGAAGAAAACCGGUGAACUCGGGUUCGAGUUCAACGAUGAAAACUUCCGGGUACGCGGUCGCCUCGAGGCAACGGGCAGUUACAGUCCAACGGGCAACCUCGAACUCAUGCGAGGUGACUUGACCGAGGUUCUCUACGAAGCCGCGGACCAAUCUGCCAACGUGAAGUAUCAGUUCGAAACCACGGUACAGAGUCUAACACAGACACAAGACAAAAUCACGGUAGAACUCCAAAACCGAACCGAGCGAUCCAGCUGGAAGGAGGAGUUUGAUUUCGUGAUAGGCGCCGACGGAGUGAAGUCCCACACAAGAAGGCUCACCAUGGGACCCCCUGAAGUCCUCAACUGCUUGAAGCCUGUCGACGCCUACGUCGCAUACUUCUCCAUCCCCAAAGAAGAUCGGGAUUGGCCCUAUUCUCGAAUGUGCGCCUUCCCUGGUCGACGGAACAUUUGGAUCCGGCCGAUUGGAAAAGACGACAAGAUAGUGUCGGUGUACCUUAUGCAUAUUGGUGGCGACCAUCCUGACAUACACCAAGCAAUCGCUACUGGAGACAGGCCAAAGCAGAAAGAGCAUCUCGCCAAAUUGUACAGUGGCUUGGGCUGGGAAGCACCCCGCGUCAUCGAGCAGAUGAUGGCUGCAGAGAAUUUCUACUCGGACGAGCUUCAACAGGUUAAACUCCAGAGAUGGUCGCAGCAGCGGGUUGUGCUCUUGGGCGAUGCUGCCUGGGCUCCAACUCCGUUCACCGGGGCAGGGAACCAGUUGGCAAUCAUAGGCGGAUGGGUCCUGGCUCAAGAGCUUUCGAGACACCGGAGUCCCGUGGCGUUUGAAACGUACGAAAAGAGACUGCGAGCGUAUGUGGAGCAACGCCAAAGAAUCCCGCUUUGGGGAUACGCACCGUACAUUUUCAUGCCAAAGACGACUUUGGGUGUGAGGACCCUUCAUGUAUUUUUCGUGUUUGUCUCCUGGAUAGCGCGUUUCCUUAUAUGGUCGAGACUGUCGAGGUUGUUUCCAGAUGGUGGUCAGGAGAAUGAUUUCGACUUGGAGAUGGAGGGAGUUGACGCAAAUGCGGUGGGAUGA